CUCAACCUUUCUCUAUCAACUUCCAGUCCCUGCCACCUAUGCCCUCGGAGCAUAUCAACUGUCAGUAAUGACGACUCCUCGUAAGGCUGUUGUGGUCGGCAUAAGUGGAUGCUCAUCCAGCGGCAAGACGACUCUUGCUCGGCUUCUACGAGAUAUAUUCCCCAACAGCUUCGUGCUUCAUGAGGAUGACUUUUAUAAGGCUGAGACUGAAUUACCUACCAAACAUGGCCUUCUAGAUUGGGACUGCGUCGAAGCACUUUCCAUACCAGACAUGGUCAAAUCCCUCGAGCACAUCCAUGCCGAAGGCACAUUCCCAGUCAGUCCAAGCAGCCUCAACCAUCGCAGUGAGCACGGCUGUCUCCCUAAACCAAGCCCCAAAAACGAAAUCCACCAAAAGAAACACAGACUCACCAUCUCACAGCCCACCCUUGAUUCCAAAGAAGACCAGAACUCUGUUGGCGCAUGCCCCGUCUCAGAAGACACAAUCGCUGCUCUCAAAGCUCGCGUCAAAACUUGGGCCGAGCCUGGUCAUCCCGGCCACAGUAUAUUAUCUGAUUCGGAGACUGCAAUCCGCCUAUGUGUCUUCGACGGUUUCCUGCUGUACUCUAAACCACUAGCUCCGAUCCAGCCACAGAUGGAUAUCAAGCUAUUCUUGCGAGUGAGCUAUGCAAAGGCUAAGGCGAGACGAGAAGCCAGGAGCGGAUAUGUCACACUUGAGGGAUUCUGGGAAGAUCCGCCGGGAUAUGUGGAUAAGAUUGUUUGGCCGAAUUAUGUGGAGGAUCACGAGUGGAUGUUUGAGGGUGGGAAUGUGGAGGGGAAGUUGAAGGACGAUGUGGUGAAGGAGACGGGUAUUCUAAGUCAAGAAGGUGAAGUUGAUAAAGAUAUGGAGACGACUUUGAAAUGGGCGGUUGACAUGUUGAUGGAGAAGCUGCCUCUGUUUGCUAGAGGCACGUGAGGAAGGGUAGAGUGAGCCUCUCAUCGGUUCGAUUCUCGUCAUGAUUGAAAGAUUCGAUAUUACUAAAGCAACUGAGGUCAGAUUAUGCCAUAUUUGAUACUAGGGUACGCCACGGAAGCAUGAAUUUCGCUUUCUACCUGUCCUUCAGACUGUCGACGGGUCACAUGCUGCAGCUCAUUUUCAGACCCGAUGGGCAGCUCCAUGUUUUCUUUUGAACGAAAGAGGUAGAGUAUUCAAACAGUCGCAGAUUAUACGGUCAGAUCUUUCCAACCUAUAUCUCACGAGGUUGUGUUAUCUAAUCAUGGUCAUUAAUCUCCAAGGAAAUGAUUCUUUCCAUCCAGAACAGGGUCAGAACUCAAUACGGUCCGAAAUUCAGUACAAGAACAAAGAUUUUGUCAGGUGACGAUACUGUAAAUUAUUAUU